AUGAAUGUGGAUGAUUCUGAUUCAUCUUUGGAGGAAGAAGUAGGAAAUAGCAGUCAUGCUUCACAUUCAACAAUCAAACGUAAACGUUCAAAGCAAGUUCAAGGUUUUGUAGACAGCUGGCUGACUGGCAAACAGUUCAAAGAGUGGCUGUGCAAAAGAAUUGGAAGAGAUAACACUGCCCAGCUGUUCUACAAGUUUUGUGAUAAAUUUUUGUCUUGCUCAAUGACUGCUUUGAAGAAACAAGUAACCACCACUUCACACCAGACUCGGAGUAAUACUGCUGGAAAUACAGACACAAUCAUUAGCCUUUUCACAAAAGCUGCAAGUCGAGAGGAAUCAAGUUCAAUGGAGAUAAAAUUAUGUGCAUUCCUUGCCAAACAUAAUUUACCAAUAUCUCUUUCUAAUGAUAUGUUAGAAUUUCUAAGAUCGCUUUUCCACUUGAUAACACUCUCAAGAAUGUUACCCUUGGGAAGCAGAAGGCAACCAAUGUGAUACGACAAGUCCUCGGAUUUGACUAUUUAAAGGAAGCAGUAUCUACAUUGCGCUCUCAAAAGUUCAGCUUCAUUAUCAAUGAAACGACCAAUAAAAGCACAGCCAAACAGCUUGCAAUUCUUGCCACCUAUUUCGAUAUGGAAAGUUUCCUGUCAAAGCAGUUUUUGCUUGACAUGAUUGAAGUCCAAGAUGGGACAGCUAACAGCAUCUACUCAGCAGUUAAGCAAUCGUUCGCUGAUCUCCAUGUUCCAGUGGAUAAUAUCAUCGCUUAUUCUUCAGAUACAACCAAUGUUAUGUCUGGACAAUUCAAUUCUGUUGCCCAACUUUUAAAGAAAGAUUUUCCAGAUGUCAUCAGAGUUAAGUGUUGA